AAUUGUCCAUUUUUUUAUUUUUUUCUAUAAUUCAAAUAUUUUAUUCCUCAUUUGCUUCUUUACUUUUCUUCUUCUCCCUUCCUAUCCUCGUGCAAUCUCAAACGCUUCUUGAUCCGACCAAACACAUCUCCUUUGUCCACACCCAGACCUCCGAUUUCAAGGCUUUUCUUGUCUGAAAAGUUUCUCAGAUGCCUCACCGCACGACUUACUUCUUCCCCCGUCAGUUUCCGGAUCGCGGGUUCGAUCCUUUUUCUCACAAGACUGAUCAAGACAAGAAGUCUUCACCGUCUGUGGAGAGCUUUGGUUUCGAAAGAAAGAAACCUAAUGGAGGCGGCGGAGAUCCGAACAAGGAGAAGGAAGAGGUUGUGUUCCCUUCUUCUAACUCUGCAGUUUCAGAUCUCUUGAACGGUCUCUCUGAUGAUCGUAUCUCGGAGAAGAAGCAGCAGCAGCAGCAUCUCGCGGCUUUCUACGAGUGGCUUGCUGAGAAGAAGGCCAAACUCUCUCGCUCCUCUACCACCACAGGACAUGUGAGGCCCACGCGUCUCUCUAUGUCCAGCGAAGGUGAUGAGGAGAGAGAGCAUCUGCUUCCUUCUUCGUCGUCUGAUUCUCCCGAUUCCAUCGUUGCGGCGGCUGCGUCGUCUUCUUCUGCAAGGACGGUGAACAUUAACGAACAGAACAUUGACCGGAGCUUCGAUAGGGAGGUUUCUCUUCCAAGAAUGUCGAGUGAGAGCAGCUUCGCCGGGAGUUUCUUCUCCGGGACGACGGUGGACGGGAACUUCUCAAGCUUCUCAAGUCCCACAGAAGCGAGAGAGACCUCGACCACUACACGUGUCUCCGUGGCAAAGGAGGAGGAGCGAGAAGCUGAGGUUAGGGAUGAGAGCAAAGAGCAAACCCUAGCGCAGAAGUCAAAGGAAGGCUAUUACUUGCAAGUCACGCUUGCUAGGAGGCUAAGUUCUCAAGCUAAUCUUGGUGGCGACUCUGUUCAGAUACAGAGCACAGAGACUAUCUCUUACCGUUUCUGGGUAAGUGGUUGUUUAUCAUACAAUGAUAAGAUAUCAGAUGGGUUUUACAGCAUACUAGGAAUGGAUCCAUAUCUUUGGUUAAUGUGUAACGAUUCUGAAGAAGGAAAAAAACUACCAUCUCUUCUGCUACUUAAGGAGACUGAGCCUAGGGAUACAUCAAUGGAAGUUGUUUUAAUAGACAGACGUGAAGACUCUCGUCUUAAAGAAAUGGAAGACAAGGCACAUGAGCUCUACUGUUCUUCUGAAAACAUGUUAGUACUCGUGGAGCAGCUUGGCAGACUCGUUGCUGUUUACAUGGGAGGGAACUUUCAGAUGGAGCAAGGUGAUCUACAUAAGAGAUGGAAACUGGUUAGCAGUAGACUCAAGGAGUUUCGGAAAUGUAUUAUUCUUCCUAUUGGUAGUCUAACCAUGGGGUUGUGUCGGCACCGUGCCAUCUUAUUUAAGAAACUGGCUGAUUACAUUGGUUUACCAUGUCGGAUAGCUAGAGGUUGCAGGUACUGUAAAGAGAACCACCAGUCUUGUUGCCUUGUCAAGAUCGACGAUGAUAAGAAGCUAUCAAGGGAAUAUGUUGUUGACCUUAUCGGAAAACCAGGAAACGUCCAUGAUCCAGACUCUACUAUCAACGGUGGAACACACUCUCAGAUUCCUUCACCUCUUCGGAUGAGUCACCUUACAGAAGUUUCAAGGCCUUUCGUGCGUAGCACGUCUCCUUGUCACACUAAGUCAAAGCCUUCAUGCGCUCUUUCCGAAAGCAUUCAAGGCCAUGUUCACAGAGACAUUGAGUUGCCGGAUGUUGCAUCAACAAUGUGUUGUGCUCAUGUUGAACAAGUUUGCUUCACUAAAGCAUCUUCAACGGUUUCAACCGAAUCUAUUGUUCGAGCUGCUAUACCAAAACUUAGCGAAGACAAGAUUGCUUCACAAGAAACUUGCAAAGAGGAGACCUCUCUGUUAGAAGAUCCAGUUGUAAACAGUGGUAUCAAGCAGAUAAAUGGAGACAUACCAGUUGAAGGAGAGAUAGCUGAAGCUGAGACUCGGAAAGAUAAGAAAGUCAGGUUACCUGUUGAUGCUAUCUCACCUUUCUUGAACAUUGAGCCUUCCUUGGCAUCAGAUUGGCUUGAGAUCUCAUGGGAAGAGUUGCAUAUCAAAGAGCGCGUGGGUGCUGGGUCAUUUGGAACUGUUCAUCGUGCUGAGUGGCAUGGAUCAGAUGUGGCUGUCAAAAUUUUAUCAAUCCAAGACUUCCAUGAUGACCAGUUCAGAGAGUUUCUCAGAGAGGUUGCAAUAAUGAAACGUGUGCGUCACCCAAAUGUUGUUCUGUUCAUGGGUGCUGUCACAGACCGAACCCGUUUGUCUAUAGUAACAGAAUAUUUGCCAAGGGGCAGUCUUUUUCGGCUCAUCCAUAGGCCAGCAUCUGGAGAGUUGCUAGAUCAUAGGAGGAGGAUACGUAUGGCGUUGGAUGUGGCAAAGGGGCUCAACUACCUACACUGUCUUAAUCCUCCUGUAGUGCAUUGGGACUUGAAAUCCCCAAAUUUAUUGGUUGAUAAGAACUGGACAGUGAAGGUUUGUGAUUUUGGACUGUCAAGAUUCAAGGCAAACACCUUCAUACCAUCAAAGUCUGUUGCAGGAACACCGGAGUGGAUGGCUCCAGAGUUUCUUAGAGGAGAGCCAACAAAUGAGAAAUCAGAUGUUUACAGUUUCGGAGUUGUCCUAUGGGAGUUGAUUACUUUGCAGCAGCCUUGGAAUGGACUCAGUCCUGCUCAGGUGGUUGGAGCUGUAGCAUUCCAAAACAGGAGGCUUAUAAUCCCUCCCAAUACAUCUCCUGUUUUGGUAUCUCUAAUGGAAGCUUGCUGGGCAGAUGAACCGGCUCAGCGGCCAGCAUUUGGUGGCAUAGUGGAUACACUGAAGAAGCUACUAAAGUCUCCAGUGCAGCUGAUCCAAAUGGGUGGAGACAAAGGGGUGCGAGAUGCUUUGAUUAGCUCCUCAAUUUGACUUUAAGAUAGAGAAAAACAAAUCAAUGAGACAAGGCCUUACCUGGAAGAAUGGAAGGUUUCUUAGUUUGUUUUUGGCUUGUAUAGUUCUUAAGUAUUGACUUUGAGCAUAACAUGCGAGACAAUGAAUAAGAUUAUGAGAUUUGGUUU